UCAAAACACACCACAAAUUUAGCACACCAAUACAUACACUGCACCUCUUAUCAUGAAUACCCGAGUUGUUUUGUGCCUUACUCUGGCCGUCCUCCUCCAUGGAGGAAAUGCAAUCACCAUUAGUUUUAAGAACAAUUGCCAAUUCACGGUAUGGCCCGCAACCUUAAACGGAGGUUCAAGCCCUGCACUGUCCACAACCGGAUUCGAGUUGACGAGUGGAGCAUCUAGAUCCGUGGACGUCCCUUCACCAUGGUCGGGCCGAUUCUGGGCUCGGACGGGAUGCUCCGGUGGCGCCGGCAACUUUCACUGUGACACGGCAGAUUGUGGCUCCGGUCAAGUCGAGUGCAGUGGCAAAGGAGGAGCCACACCGGCAACUUUGGCGGAAAUUACGGUGGCACCGAACGGUGGCCAGGAUUUCUAUGACGUGAGUAACGUGGAUGGGUUCAACUUGCCGAUAUCUAUGGCUGCACAAGGCGGCACCGGCGACUGCAAAGAGUCAAGCUGCAAGGCGAACAUCAACGCGGCGUGCCCAAAUGACCUAAAAGUAACAGGCUCCGAUGGGAACGUUAUUGCGUGCAAGAGUGCUUGCGUAGCUUUCAACAAGCCUGAGUAUUGCUGCACCGGAGAGUACAGCAGUUCAAGCACAUGCAAACCCAGCACCUACUCCCAGUUUUUCAGCACUCAGUGCCCUCAAGCUUACAGUUACGCUUACGAUGAUCUCAAAGGCACCUUUACUUGCAACGGCGGACCUAACUACGCCAUCACUUUCUGCCCCUAAGCAAAGGAAAAUCGGAGCUUCGUUACUCCUCCACCGUGUGGGAUAAUAGUUAUGCAAUUGCUACGUCCAGUAAUAACAUGCGCUUAUGUGUGCAUGCAGAUGAAUAAUAAUGUAGUUUGAUUUGAUGAUAUUGUGCUAUAUGUGCACAAUUACAUAUGAUGAACUCAUCAUAUAGGUAUAUGGGAAUAAUACAGUUUGAUGGGAACAAAAUCAAAGGAAGUCGUUGUUAUAAUUAGUGAUAUUUGAUGAUUU